AUGAUGCAAAACAUUCUUUCUGGAGCAAUACCAUCAAUAUCCAUAAAAACCAUCACAACAUGUCUCUUGUGGUAUGCCGUUUCAACAACCACAUCACAGUUAACUAAACGUAUCUUAACUGAGUUACCCUAUCCAUUAUUUUUAUCACAAUGUCAAUUCCUUGUGGGAGCAACCCUAUCUUUUGCAACAAUCAUCAUUUGUCGAAAUGUACCUCAUGUUAGUGAACGAUUUCCGCAGGGAAGUGUACCAGACCACAAUUCCAAUAACAAGCCAGCAUUUUCAUUUGCAAUGUUGUUGAAGAUUUUCCCAUUAGGAUUGUUUCAAUUUGUUGGGAAGUUCUUUUCACUUACAGCCACGUCAUUGAUACCGUUAGCAACGGUCUCAAGUAUUAAAGCCUUGAGUCCAUUAAUAGUUGUUCUUGGUUACAGAACAGUUUACAAUGUCAUUUUCCCAGUUGUGACGUAUGUAUCAUUAAUACCAUUGCUAUUGGGGGUUAUUUUGAUUAUUUUUUCUGAUUCGGUACGAAAUUCCCAAUCCAGCACCAAUUCGCUAAUGAGUGAGUACAAAGAGUUCAACCAGCAGCAUUUAACUGGAAUUUUUAUGUGUCUAAUGAGUACUGUUGUGUUUGCUGCUCAAAAUAUUUAUGGAAAGCAAUUAAUAACCUGGGAUGGUGCAGAUGAAAGGAUGCGACAUCCAGUAUCGUUGGUCUUGCAUACGGACACCAGACCUUCAACACCUAGCCCCCAAAAUGACACCAAUGAGAAAGAACCGCUUCGCAUUGGAAAAGUCGAGAAGAGUUCAACUUUAGAUCGAAAUCAUCUUGAUGUACCGAACAAGUGUUCUUUGGGAAGGCUUCCAUUUUCUACGUCUGAUCUUACCUUGGACGAAAUGAAGGAGAAUCACUUAUCUACCCCACAAUUAAAACCACAAGUGAGCUCUUCAACGCUAUAUACCCAGGCAGUUUUGAAUAGCAAUACGAACGUCUAUAAUCCGUUUGCAUUUAUCGUGAACAAAUUUGAAUUAAACAAGAUUGCCAAACCAGACAAAAUUUCGAUUAUUCUAUACAGCUCAAUUAUUGGCGCUUCUUUUUCAAUUGGUGGGUUCUUAUGCAACGAAUUUCCCCAAAUGCAUCAACAAUUUUCAUUGCAGUACCCGACAGAAGUUUUAGUGGCAACUACUCCAGUUUUCACCAAGGUGUUGACUCUUAUUCUCCUCGAUAGUUUAUCUCACUUUGGACAAACAUUAUUGGCACUUCACCUUCUAGGAUCAAUACCAGCAUUAUCGUAUUCCAUUGCUUCAAUGAUGAAGAGGAUAAUCUUGAUCAUGAUGAGUAUUAUACUAAUGGUGAACAGAGAACAGCAUGCCUCCUCAUACACAGGUAAAAUUACCACCGAACAGUUUAUUGGAAUCAGCUUAAUUGGAAUUGGUUUAUAUUCGUAUGAUAGAUGGGGUUCGAGGACCCUUAGACCAAGUUAA